AUGCCCUCCGAUCCCUACACUCGGGAUGCGUCCCGAUCCGCGAGCCCCGACAAGAAAGAAAAGACCGCACAAGUGACGCAGACCAGCCUGGAUUCUGCUCCCACGUCGCGGAGAUCUUCUUUCUCGGGAACCUACCCGGGCAGCAGCAAAUUCGCCUCCACCCCCGCGACCGGGGCUCAAACCCCAGAUCCGCUCUUCGGUCAACUGGCCGACCAUGAUGCACUCAAGAAGUUCCCGCAGACCAUUACUCGGCCGGGGGUUGAUAGCGAGGAUGAUUCCUAUGAAUUGACUGCUGUACAGCCCACUCGCGAUGCCGAUCCCACCGACGGCCAUCAUCUCAGCCACCGCCGGCCUUCUUUUGUCCAUCGGGACAAGGACUUUGCUGACGAGGCUGGCUCUCCACCCCCAAAACCGACACAGGGUCGGCCUCCAGAGAUCAGCAGCUUGGGAGCAGAAAUCGUGCUUGUCAUGGUCUGUUCCGCAGGCCUGAUGCUGUUCUCGUUCCUCCUGGGUGACGUGCUCGCCCCCCAGCUGCAGUUUCGGGAAGCCCUCGGCAUCACCAACACGGAGCUGCCCUGGCUGGUCGGAUCUUUCAAUGUUGCCAAUGGUCUGUCGGUGGUGGUUUCCGGCUCCGUGACUGACCUGAUGCCCCCAAAAUACCUCAUGGUCGGUGCCUUUCUCUGGCUCACCGUCUGGAACAUCAUCGGCGCGUUCUCAGUGCACCCCUCUCGGUAUGUGCUGUUCUUCGUGGUGCGUGCCAUGCAGGGUCUCGCCAUCGGGGUGCUUGUCUCCGGCAGCAUGAGCAUCCUGGGGCGUGUCUAUAAACCCGGCAUUCGUAAGAACCGGGUGUUUUCCGCCAUGGCCGCCUGCGCCCCGUUCGGCUUUUCCCUAGGAGCGAUCGAGGGCGGCCUCCUCUAUCAGCAUCUCCCGUGGAUCUUCGGCUGCAACGCCAUCAUCACCUCCAUCUGUGCCGUGGGUGCCUAUUUUUCCAUUCCCCCACUACGACCCAUGGCCGAUAAAGCGGGUGGAGAAGUCCCCUCUUUGCGUCAGUUCGACUUUCUCGGCGCUGCGUUUGCCAUCGGGGGGUGUGUCUGCCUGCUUUUCGGUCUCACGCAGGGUGGCGUCACCGACUGGUCUGUGUACACCUGCGUACUAACCGCCGUUGGCAUCGUGCUACUGAUCGGCCUAUUCAUCGUGGAGCGUUACGUCGCGCGACCUCUGAUUCCCAACCGACUAUGGAAGACCAAGGGCUUCACUCCGCUGAUGAUCGCCUACUUCAUGGGCUUUGGGUCAUUUUUUGGCGCGUGGCAAUUCUACGCCAUUCAAUUCUGGCUACGCAUCCAGCACGCCAGCCCCAUCGACGUGGCAUUGUACCAUCUUCCCAAUGCCAUUUUCGGCAUCGUCGCCACCUGGGUCGUUAGUCGAACCCUCCAUCUGGUUCCGGGCCAUUACAUCUACGCCAUCUCCAUGUUCGCCUUUACCCUCGGCCCGGCCUUUUUCCUCCCUCAGACAGCUACCACCACGUACUGGGAACUGUCACUCCCGGGUGUUGCCCUCGUUACCUUCGGUCCGGAUCUUGCCUUUGCGGCUGCGUCGAUCUUCAUCACUAGCAAUGUUGCGCGCUCGUAUCAGGGCAGUGCGGGGAGUUUACUGGUCACGAACCAGAACUUGUCCUCGGCUAUUAUUACCAGUGUGGCUGAUGCGAUUGGCACGCGUGUGGAUAAACAGCCGGAUGGCAGUGUGGGUCUGCAUGGACUGAGGUCUAUUUGGUGGUUUGCGCUGGGAUGCCAGUUGGUUGCUGCGUUGAUUACUGUUACGUCGGUGCGGAUACCCAAGGAGGAGGAGAAGGAACAUGUUACAUGACAUUUCUUUCUUUUCGUUGAUAUCUAUUUGUGUUGAAAG